AUGAUCUUCGAACAUUUUGUCACUCUCUGCGGUAACUCUCUAUUUGCAGAAGAAUAUAAGGGAGAUCUCGACGCGGCAUACGACUAUCUUCAACAACUUGAAGUACAAUACGACACACUUCCCGACCUAAACGAUAAAGCAGAAUACCUACGAUGCUCGUCAAUAUACGCAAUCCUAACAGGCAAUUUCGGCAAUGCAUACAAACAUCUCGAUUCCCUACAUAAGCUCCUAAAUCAAUUACCUCCAGAAUGGGGUCUCCGAUACACAAACUACAGAGUUCUAGCCGACUAUACCCGUCGCUUCCCUCCAAUGCUCCGCUUCUACCAAGAACGAGGCUGGCCCCUCAACAUCCCAAUGCUAGGCAAUAUAAUCGGGCCUAUUGAAAUUUCCCAAUCUUUCACAAAAAACGUCAAUGAGCAUUUGCCUCACGGGCUUCCCCGCGAUAAGGCACUAUGUCAUAUUUUAAAUGUCAUCUCUUGGGCUCCUACAAGUACACGACGCUUAACUCAACAAUUUCAUCCUCUUUCACCUGGUGGCCCAAAUUAUAAGCCUGAUCAAAGCCCUGCGUCGGAUAUAGAGAUCAGUGCGAAGAAUAUAUUAGCGCGUCGUGAUCUGGCACAGGCCAAUGGUGCGGAUUCUAUGGCGAAUUAUUUGAAUAGGCUCGUUGUUGAGUUUUAUAUUGCUUGUGCGAGUCCCAAGAAAGAGAUUAUGUUGAUAGAUUUGUAUCAGAGGUGUGAAAAAUUGAAUGAUUAUGCUGGGAUGGCGAAUGCGAAGCUUUUGGAAGGUGAUGAUAUGCUUUGUGCGCCUUUUACAAGUCCGUUGGCUCUUAAUUUGGUUCCGUUUAAUUCCUCGGCUGCUGCUGGGGAUAAUACUUUCUGGGAUCCUAUUGAGUUUGAUCUUGGGUUUGAUUAUACUGAUACUGUGAAAGGGCUCUAUGAGUCUGCACUUGAUUUGUUUAAAGCAUCGGGGUCUAAAAGAGGCCAGGCGGCUGUGUUGUUUCGACAAGGGUGCUGUCUGCAUAAUCUGGCUCGGCUCCAACGGACAUCGAAUAAGGUAUAUGUGGAUUUCUUGGUUGAGGCGGAGACGAAGUUUCAAGAUGCAGUUGUGUUGUUUGGGCGCGACGAAGCAAAUGUGCAGUUUGUCAGAGCUCAUCAGAUAUUACUCGCUAUCUCGAAGAGAAAUCCGCAGCGUGUGAAGAAACUCUCAAGAGAAAUUGGAGACUGGUGUGCUACUGCGAAGAACGAAGUUCUAGCACAUGUCAUUGGUCUUCUCAUGGGGCGAUUCGCAUAUCAGGAAUGGCAUAAAUACUCCAAUUUGGAUACAGCGCAGCAGGCAUGGGAAUGCGUUUAUGAAGUUUCAAGGGCAGUGGAUGAUAUGGUUCCUCUGCUUCAAAGCAUAGUGUGUCGUGUAUCACUUCAUCACGAAAUGUUCAAUUCAGCUGCUGCUCGACUAUUAAUCGAAGAGGCAUUUGAUAACAUCGAAGAAGUCCGAGAUUACCUGAGUGAUAAAAUCCUGCCUGCGCCCCAGACACCGCUGGGCCGGGCGGAUUUCCAACUUCUUCAAACAACAAAGUGUCUUUUCCUGUGGACUUUUGGUCGUCUUGUUGGACAAGUUUAUAUGCGCGCAGAAGAGGAUACAGCUCCAUUCUUUAAAUGGCAUGCUCGAUUGAGUGACUGGGUCGAGAAUGAUGAGGAUUUUCGUGAAUGGCGCGGAAUGAUUGAAGAUUAUGAGUCUCCAUCUGCUGGAGAUUACAAGCCUGCGAUAGCGCCCCCGGAACAUAAGAAGGGUAGUCUUUGGAAAAAGGUGAUGGCUGAUGAGGCUGCGCAUAUAAAAUAUGCGGCUGCUGACUCUGGAUUUCGCCGAUUACUGGGUGAAGGAGAUGUACUGGGCGCCGAGGAGAUUUUUCGGCGGUUUGUGAUCGAGAAUUCGAAUGAGGGGAAGGUUUGUACAAGAGAUUUGUACCGGGUAUUGGCUUGCGAUCGUAUCGGAGAUCGAGCUAAAGCGCGGGAGAUAUUUGAUUCAAUCAGUGACGAUGAGUUGUUCGAUGGAAAUCUGGAGGCAUAUCAGCAGGGAAUAGGAGUCAGGUCAUCCCUUCCUACGGUGGGACAGAAUGCUUUAACAUUCGCUCUGUUUGCUGGGGAUUUUGACAGAGCCCGUCGACUGGUUCGAAUGAUCAGUGAUAUGAAUCCGACAUUCUUUGAUUCCGUCAUUGAUAAUUCCAUUGACUACUCCCUCAGAUUGGGACAAUAUGCCGCUAUCAUGAAAGACACAGAGCCAGAGUUAUGUUUCUCUAAACUUCUGAUUGCUCGUCAACUUAUUGAGACUCGCCGGAGACAGACGACGGAUUUGGAUGCUCGGGUCUGGAGUUCCCAUGCUGGGUGGAGUGGUGAAAUAUAUCUGAAUCUUGCGCGUAUAUGUCUACGUGCAGGUAACCUAGGACUGCCACUAGAUCUGUUGGCUAGCAGUGGCGAUGAGCACAUUGCAGGGGCCUCUUGGGUGGACCAUGCAUUGCUAUUUGUCGAAAUGUAUAGAGCGCGGGCUGUUCUGGAAUCUUUGCAGACACAAGCAGCUAAAGCGACAGGGCUUUCUGAAGCCCCGAACGCUACAAAGUUGUCCGAGGCUGUACAUAAACGACGUCUUUUAAGGUCGUUACUGUCUCUGGAGACAUUAACAGCUGACCAGGAGAAAGAAGUAGCACAGUUGCGUGAUGAUAUCAAGGAGUUAGAGGAAGAUGGGACGCUCACAUCUGCCACAACUUUCAUUGAUACCGUGAACUCAUCAAUUGACCCAAAGCUCUUAUACCAGAAUAUCGAUGAAGAUACCGUGGUGAUCGAAACAACCUUUGGAAUUCGCGGAAUGAUCGCAUUUGCGGCCACCAGGGACGGCAUUCAGGAAACUCAUCAAUCAUCGUUUUGUCAAGUCGAUAUGAAAAGACCUGUUAUGAGGGCCUUGCAGAUUAUGCGAAAAUUGACUGGAUAUAUCAGCGACGAAGAAGAGAAACAGAAAAAGUUGCUCAAUGAGCUAUGCAGCGAAAUCUCCGAGGUCCUACUGGUACCCUUCGCGGAGAUUAUCAGAACAAAGUUGCAUAUCAUUUUCUCGGUGUCGGAUCCAUUGACUGCGUUCCCAUUCUCUAUUCUUCCAUUUGAUGGCAAGCCCCUGAUUAUGCAAGCCGUUGUUUCUCAAGUACCAAGUCUGACUGUCCUCUACUACCUUUCUCAACGCAAGUCGACAUCAGCGUCUCCGACGGUAUCUGUGUUGGCCAAGUCUCCAACAGAAGAGCCAUCUGGCAAUACUCGAGGUGGCAACGAGGUGAAUCUCCACAUGGCAGGAAUCGAAGCUGUCAACAUUGCUCGCAUGUUCGCAACAUGGCCCAUUGAAGCAUCUCAGAUGACGCGCAAAGACUUCCAACAACACGUCGAGGGGGGUUCAUUGAUCAUGCACAUCGGCACGCACGGUGACAUCAACAAUCAGAAUCCCCUCCUAUCAUCGAUUUCAAUUGGUCACGGGCAAGAAUUCCGUGUUGUCGACAUGUCAGCUAUAAAAAGCAAUGUGAAUCUCUUAGUAUUCGCAGCUUGUUUGAGUGGAUUUGGAAAAGCAACGAUUGGUAGUGAGGUUCUUGGCUUUUCGCACGUUGUCUUAAGUACAGGGUGUCAGGCGUAUAUCGGAUCGCUUUGGAAAGUGAGUGAUUUUGGGUCGAUGUUGAUUAUGACUCUAUUUUAUCAGUAUUUGAAGGCAAAUCCGCAUAGACCGGUUGCGGAGGCUAUGAGAGCAGCGCAGAUGGGUCUUUUGCAGUUGGAUAUGGAUAAGGCGGGUGUUCUUCUUGAUCAAUUAGCGGAGAACUGGUCAGUGGAUGUUAGUACGGGUCAAAGCCCUGCAGAGUUUGUGCCUGAUGCGGAGUUUCUUCUGUGGGCUUUGAAGAUGAUUUUGGAGCAGUUGGACUGGUCCAGUCCGUUUUACUGGGCCCCGUUUACGUUGGUGGGGUAUGGUGGAUUUCGAUUUCUGCAUGAGAUGGAUGUUUAA